AUGAUAUUGGAGGGAGUAGUCCAGGAGGGAGUGAUACUUGGAGGGAGUGAUACUGGAGGGAGUGAUAUUGGAGGGAGUGAUACUGCCGGGCACGAUAAUGGAGGGAGUGAUAUUGGAGGGAAUGAUAUUGGAGGGAGUGAUAUUGGAGGCAGCGAUACUGGAGGGGGUGAUAUUGGAGGGAGCAGUCCAGGAGGGAGUGAUACUGGAGGGAGCGAUAUUAUAGGGAGCGAUACUGGAGGGGGUGAUAUUGGAGGGAGCAGUUCAGGAGGGAGUGAUAUUGGAGGGAGUGAUAUUGGAGGCAGCGAUAUUGGAGGGAGCGAUAUUGGAGGGAGCGAUACUGGAGGGAGUGAUACUGGAGGGAACGAUACUGGAGGGAGUAAUAUUGGAGGGAGUGAUAUUGGAGGAAAUGAUAUUGGAGGGAAUGAUAUUGGAGGGAGCGAUUUUGGAGUGGCCGAUACUGGAGGAGUGAUAUUGGAGGGAGUGAUAUCAGAGAGCACGAUACUGGAGGGAGUGAUACUGGAGGGAGAGAUACUGGAGGGAGCGAUACUGGAGGGGAGUGAUAUUGGAGGGAGUUAUAUUGGAGGGAAUGAUAUUGGAGGGAGCGAUACUGGAGGGGGUGGUAUUGGAGGGAGCAGUCCAGGAGGGAGUGAUACCGGAGGGAGUGACAUUGGUGGGAGCGAUAUUGGAGGGAGUGAUGCUGGAGGGAAUGAUACUGGAGGGGACGAUACUGGAGGGAGUGAUAUUGGAGGGAGUGAUAUCAGAGAGCACGAUACUGGAGGGAGUGAUACUGGAGGGAGUGAUACUGGAGGGAGAGAUAUUGGAGGGAGAGAUACUGGAGGGAGUGAUAUUGGAGGAAAUGAUAUUGGAGGGAGUGAUAUUGGAGGGAGCGAUUUUGGAGGGAGUGAUAUCAGAGAGCACGAUACUGGAGGGAGUGAUACUGGAGGGAGUGAUACUGGAGGGAGAGAUAUUGGAGGGAGAGAUAUUGGAGGGCGUGAUAUUGGAGGAAACAAUAUUGGAGGGAGUAAUAUCGGAGGGAGCGAUACUCGAGGGAGUUAUACUGGAGGAAAUGACACUGGAGGGGGAGAUAUUGGAGCAAGUGAUACGGGAGGGAGUGAUAUUGGAGGGAGCGAUAUUGGAGGGAGAUAUAUCGGAGGGAGUGAUAUCAGAGGGCACGAUACUGGAGGGAGUGAUAUUGGAGGGACCGAUAUUGGAGGGAGUGAUAUUGGAGGGAGCAAAAUUGGAGGGGGCAAUACUGGAGGGGGCGAUACUGGAGGGAGUGAUAUUGGAGGGAAUGAUGCUGGAGGGAGUGAUACUGGAGGGAGUGAUAUUGGAGGGAGUGAUAUUGGAGGGAGCAAUAUGGGAGGGAGUGAUACUGGAGGGAGUGAUACUGGAGGGGACGAUACUUGA